AUGACAGCCUCAUUUCCUAUUCGCCCGCGCCGCGGCUUGUCGCUGCUGUGCGUCAUAACUGCAUUUAGCGCCAGCGUCAUUAUGGUCAUUUGGUUUGGCAUGAACUCCGACCGAGAUUAUAUUCACCCCAUGCUCACACAGUUAAUCCCCGCCGGACACUGCGCAUGCGAAUCAUCUACCACCUUCCAAUGCUCCACAUGCCUCACCUGCCCCGAACCCACCUUCCAAGAACAGACCUCCCCCGCUUGGUCGUAUGAAUACGCUCGCGACGGUCGUAAUGAAGCCCUCAGCGAUCCUCAGUGCAAAGCUGCGUUCCCUGGGUUAUUCGAGGAUAUUGCGCGUGGAGGCAAAUUCUGGUCGUCACACGGUCGCUUGUCGUCGAGAGAACUCGAUGCGAUCCCAAUCCAACAGGGUAUGGCGCGCGCUUUUAUCUCCAGUGGUCAACUAUAUGUGAUCACGGCGAGAUCCAAGGGCGAGGAUCAUCGAAGGAAAAUUCUGGGGACGUUGAGCUCAAUUCAUCGUGCGCUGGCCGCCGACCCAGGUCAAGCUUCCAGACCUGAUAUUGAAUUUGUUUUCUCGGUGGAAGAUAAAGUCGAAGACGUGACCAACUCCGAAUGGCCGGUUUGGGUCUUUUCGCGCACGCCCACUGAACAAGGGGUUUGGCUGAUGCCAGAUUUUAGUUUCUGGGCUUGGGAUAACCCCGACAAUUAUAUGGGGCCGUAUGAUCAGGUGGUGGAACGAAUCAAGCGAUUGGAUAUCCCUUGGUCUCAGAAAAAGCCUCAGUUGGUCUGGCGAGGCAAGCCCAGUUUUGCGCCAAAAUUGCGACGCGCGUUGAUGGAGGCGGCUAGAGAUAAACCAUGGGGGGAUGUCAAGCAGGUUGAUUGGCAUACUGGCUCCAACGUCCUCAAGAUGGAAGAUCAUUGCCAUUAUAUGUUUAUUGCGCAUGUUGAAGGUCGUUCUUAUUCGGCUUCAUUGAAAUACCGACAGGCGUGUAAUUCCGUCAUUGUCGCACACAAACUCCAAUACAUCCAACACCACCACUAUCUUCUGGUGGCAGAUGGUCCCAAUCAAAACUACGUGGAGGUUGAGCGCGAUUUCAGCGACUUGUCUGAAAAGAUUGAACCUCUGGUCGCCAACACCGAAGCCGCCCAUCGCAUUGCCAACAACAGUGUCACAACCUUCCGCGAGCGGUAUCUGACUCCCGCCGCUGAAGCCUGCUACUGGCGGUCUUUGUUCAAUGGCUACGCCAAUGUGUGGAACGGGACCGUUGAGCAGUGGUCCAACAGAAAGGACCGCGAACGAGGCCUUCGAUACGAAUCGUUUGUCCUCCUGGAGAGCAUGAAGAUGUACGAAUUCGAUGCUGCUGUCACUGAACAUUGGCAGGCUAUAUUAUAA